CCAAUAUCAAUAUGACGAUAUUAAACACCUCCACAACCAUUUCCCUCACACUUCUCUCUCUCAUUCCCAACUUUUAUCUUCACCUGAACACUUUUUAUCCUCGUUUUACGGCAAACCCAUGAUUAUAAUCCUUUGAAAACUAGGGUUUUAGAAAAACCUCAUCGUCAGACUCUUGAUCAUGGAGGAGCACCCUAAAUUUUACAGAAACCCAGUUUUUAGAGAUCCGCAAGAUGCAGAACCCAUCUCAGAGAAUGAUCCGGACUCGCCGUCCUCCGGUGAGGAGACAAAGGUGACCACUGCACCAUCACCCAAGGGAAGGAGGGGAGUGCAGAAGAGGGUUGUGUCGGUUCCGAUCGGCGACGUGGAAGGAUCCAAGGGAAAAGGAGAUGGCUAUCCACCCUUCGAUUCAUGGACUUGGAGGAAGUACGGCCAAAAACCUAUCAAAGGGUCUCCAUAUCCCAGGGGAUACUAUCGAUGUAGUUUUUCCAAGGCUUGUCCGGCGAGAAAACAAGUGGAGAGAAGCUGUUCAGACCCAAGAAUGCUCAUGAUCACCUACGCUUGUGACCACAACCACCCUAUGCCCACCACCAAAGGAUCCCACCCCGCCGCCUUAACCACCCCUGUAACUGCAAAAUCACCCAUCACCGAACCUGAACUUCCCGACAGGGUUGCACCUAGUGAGGAGCUCACAACCUUCUCAAGCCAAGUCGACCUCGAGCUUAGUGGCAACUCAGAGGCGUUGCUUGGCGACUAUGGCUGCUGGUUCAAUGACCUGGGGACGACAACUGUACUAGAAAGUUCAAUUUGCGUAGGACAUAGUGACUAUGUGGACGUUGAUGUGGCAACGAGGCUGGAACAUGAGGAUGAGUAUUUGUUUGCUGAUUUAGGCGAGUUACCUGAAAGUUCGGUGAUUUUUUGACAUAGGAUUUUAAAGUCAGACGAACAAAAUCAAAGUUACUACAGGAUAAGAUUAUAGACCUCUCAAUCAAAUAAUUGAGAAUAAUGCCAAAUAGAUCACAUUUUUUAAUCGCAUUAACUGAUAGGUGAUGUAAUUGUUGAUGCAAGUGUAUUUGCAAUCUCAAUUAUUACUAACUUCUAAACCUUGGUCAAGAAAUUUGUUGCAAAUUUGUUGCAUUCCGUGGAACCUAUUAUCUU